AUGCGGCCACCGAGCCCGAACUGGCGUGCCGAUCCCAAAAGCAACCGGGCUCUGCGGCCGCGCUCUGCGGCCGAACUACCACAAAAGAGGAAACGGUUGCUCGUUUGUGGGUAUAGCUUAAAGUUGCAUAUUAUUGCGGAGAAGGUGCAUGGGUUGUGUGGGGCACGCCCGGACCCGGUUGGCAACAGCGGCCCGGGCCGCCGGACGCGCUGGGGACCAAGGCGGGAGUGGCGGAAGCCCCGGGGCGCGGAAGCCCCGGAACGAGGCGGGCUCGCGGAGGAGAGCGGCGGAGCGCGGCGGAGCGCGGCAAAGCGCAUAGGCGUGGAGGAGAGGAAAGGCACAAGGAGGGAGGGCAAAAGGGGCGAAGGCAAAAGAGGGAAAGGCAGAAAGAGAUCACGUGGGUGCAAAGUACAGGUAAGGCGAUCGGCGGUUCUCUCGUAUGUUCAAUUAUUCAAUUUUCAUUGCAAAGGUAUAUAUAUUAAAAUGGAUAAAUAG